AGGCAAUAGUCCUCUGGGCUAUAAGAGUCAGUGACAGUGAGAGCAGAGAAAGUAGUGUUUCUUUCUUCCUCUCUCUGGUGAGAUCACUGGCCUUCCUCUCCAUCUCAAGGCAGACCUUUCAGAAGAGCAAGACUACUCCUUGUGUUCUCAGAAGUCACCAUGGCCUGGUCCUACAGCCUGAAGAACCUCCUCACAGUCUUUGGUGUUACCAUCUUAGCUGUGGGCUCUGUGGAGUGUUACCAGUGUACAGUACAAGAAUGUCAAAGUACAUCAUGUCCUGGGAAUACAAAUGUUUGUACAGCCACUAAUGGCUGCUUCAACCAAAUACAGAAAUUUGAUACACCAUCUCUGUUUACAGACCACGUGUUUAAGCAAAAAGGAUGUACCAAAGAAUCCAGCUCAUGUAGUAAUCACUCAUUCUCAGCAACUCUGGGGGAUCAAAGGAGAUUUACUUUUGAAAACCGUUGCUGCAAAACUGAUCAGUGCAACAAAGAUGACAUAACAUCAUCUCCAUCUUCCCAAGCCAAUGGUGUUGAAUGUCCUGCCUGCUACAAUGAGAAAUCCCUGUCGUGCUCUUCAGUUACCACCAUAAAGUGCACAGGGAAAGAAACUAAGUGCAUUGAGUUUAGUGGCAGCACCCUCGCAGGACUUUCUUCUUUACUGCUGUAUGGGAAGGGCUGUGCAACCGAAAAUGCCUGCAAUAUGCAACAGAAUGUCCUCAAUGGCAUACAAAUCAAAACCUCAUGCACCUCGCCUGUUUCAAACAAUGGAAACCCUACCCUCAAAUUAAUGUCAUCAUUUCCCAUUGUUCUGCUCCUGCUGAAAGUCUUGCUUUGAUCACCCAAGGACUGGCAAUCUCACAAUCCAAUGCACAGGGACCCAUCAGCAUACUUGGAUGGCUGACAGAACAAAUAAAAGCUGAGGAUUACUUCUCUGUUCUUUAUGUGAAAACAUAUAUCCAGUUUUGUAAUAUCAGGAAAUAUACAGAGAUGACAAUUUCAACAUUUUCCCUCUUCUCCUUAAUAUAUAGUACUAGAAGUCCUAGUCAGAGCAAUAAGGCAAAUCAAAUAACUAAUUAAAUAUAUUUAAAACGGAAGGAAAGAAUAAAGAAAGGUGAAAAAGAAAGAAAGGUAGGGAAGGAAAUUUAUUUAUAUUGGAAAGAAAUUUGUGAAACCACUAGAGUAAACAUAUGUAUGUGCAUGUGUGUGCACAUCUAUACAUGUAUGUAUAUGAUAGUGGAGAGAACUCUGGAAGUAUGGUGCUACUGAGACACAGUUCUAUACACUUUUUGGUGUUUGCCCAAGAGGGUCCUGUCUUAGUCAUGGUUUCUAACAACUUGGGGAGAAAAGGGUUUUUGUUCAGCUCAUAACUCUCAGAUUACACACAUUAUUGGUCUUUCUUAAUUUGAUUAAAAACAGUUAA